AUGGCGUCAGCAAUUUACGUUCUUGAUCUAGAGCUCAAUAUCAUUAUACAGAGGCAGUAUAAGAAUGAUCUCAACUCUCAAUCAAUUAUAGAAUACUUCAAGAGAGCUCAAACAAGAUCCCAAUCCCCUGUUGUGUCGUUUAAUGGCGCCCAUUUUGCUUAUACUAGAUGCGAUGAUAUAUACCUAAUGAGCCCAAUUUUUGACGAUUUGAAUAUAGCAUGUCUUAUGUCUUUUUUGUCAAAAACCGGGGUCUUAUUGGGUCAAUACAUGAACCAAAGAAUCACAUCGGAAGCUAUCAGAGACAAUUACAUUCUUGUUUAUGAACUGUUUGAUGAGGUACUAGAUUAUGGGAUCCCGCAGUUAACCGAUUUCAACAUUUUGAAAGAGUAUAUCAAUGCUGGCUCAGGUGGUGAAGAUAUAAACUCCAGUAUUUCUCGUACAUCCACCAACAACAUUUCAUGGAGACCAAAAGGGAUUUUCUACAGUAAAAAUGAAAUAUUCAUAAAUUUCACAGAAAGCAUCAAGUUUAAAUAUAGCUUCAAUACUAGGCGUAUUGUGCUCAAUUCAAUUGAUGGGGAAGUUGAGUGCAAGUGUUACCUGAGUGGGAUGCCCAUCUUAAAAAUGGGAAUGAAUGAAACCUUCAGCAGAGACGGUAAACUCGAAGAAAUGGUAUUCUCUAACCUAAAUUUUCAUCAGUCAGUUACUUUGUCACAUGUCCAGGACUUCAUAACAUUCUUGCCCCCUGAUGGUACAUUCAAGCUUUUUAGCUAUCAGAUUUCCAACACUGCACGACUGAAGCCUUUAAUAAUGAUAAGGCCAAAAUUCAAAAUCUACAAGAAAUACGACAUUUAUAAACUACGCAUCACGGUCGAAAUUAAAACGAGUUUCAAGAAACGAUACUCACUUCGCGAUGUAAAAACACACAUUCCCUUAGUGAUUCCUUUAAGGAGUCUAAAAGUCAACUUUAAUAAGCCAUUGAGGUUCAAAACCAAGUUGGGAUCCGUUGUAUACAACAUAGAAAAAAACUGUAUAACAUGGAUGAUCCCAAAACUCGAGGGUAAUUCCAGAGGUGAGAUGCAAAGCGAGCUGGAGCUUUUGAAAUAUGAUACGAUUGACAGACAACAUAAAUCAAAUGUUCAUCUCCUCAAACAAGACAAAAAUGACUUAAUAUAUUAUGAUUUGGACGAGGAAUUCAAAGUACUUGACAGCUCAGACUCUUCAGAUGUAAAGCCAGCUUCCUCAAUAAAUAUUGAGUUUGACUUGAUCUCAGCUCUCUAUAGUGAUCUCAAAGUUACUUACUUAAAGAUCGAAGAGCCUCAAUUCAAAUUUCAGAGUUUUCCUUGGGUCAAAUAUACAGUGUCAUGUCGAAACGAAGACUACUCGUUUACGUUGAGUGAUGAUUUGUUUGACAUUGAUCUAAAUCGUGAUGAAAUAAGGGAAGUAGGAGAUUUUUGCAGUGGCAUGCAAAAUAGAGUGACAACAGAAAUGUCAUUCAGCAAUAGCGACAAACAUUUUGAUGAGGUUGAAGCAUCAGAAAGAUCCCAAAGUAUGCAAUCAAAAACACGUGAACCUAUAGUGAACUCUGAGGAGUAUAUGAUUGAAGAGGAUACCCUUAGCAUUCGGACAGGAUUCUCGACUUCACGAGAGGGGACAUUGUUUGAAGUACUUGAACAAGAUGAUUCACAAAGGAAUCGCGAUACAUAG